AUUCGUUAGGAUUAUCGAAAAAGAAUACUAUAAUUUUGACUAUAUUGUUCAGUACAUUAUAAACAGUAAAACCUAAGAUGUGGACUGAAAAUUAUUUGUGAUGGUUUGAUAUUCAUUGUGUGUGUCACCUAACCCCGGAUAAUGUCCAUAAUAUCGAGCUACUCAGUCAAUUGUUAAACGGGUCACGGGAUGGUUACCAAUCCUCAUACCGUAGUUCUUCCUCUUUUCUUCUCUAUAUGAAUAUUACGAUUUUAUCUCUCCUUCAACCAGUUUUCUGUCGAACUCAUCCUUGUAAUUUUCAUGUGGUAAAUUUUUUAUCUCCACUGAACUUUCUUCAUCCUGAUCGGAUUUCUCGUCAAACUCUGGAAGGUAUUAGUAGUGCAGCACAACAACAGUUUGCUAAAUCAGAUCGAUAUAAACUGUGCCGUGUUUUAAUGUUUCUUCUUCAGAAUGAAUUUUUUCAUGAGACAAUCCUACAUUUUGCAGCGGUUUAUUUAUUAUGGGAUUUUUGGAAGUCAGAUCACUCGCCUAUUAGUAAUAACCCAUUCACAGAAUUUUUGAUUUCAUUUAUGGAUGAAGUACGCUGCAAGUUGCCGCGAUCUGCAAUUUCAAUGUUUCAUACAAUUCUUUGUCAAGGUGAUCAAAUUCAUAAUUUUCUGAAGUAUACUCCAGAACAGAUAUUUGAUUUACCACAUUCUUCGAUUGAUGUUAAACUUGACUGGGAUCUGAUCCCAUUAACCAACUCACUGAAAUCAUCUGGUCGAGUUCCAAAAUGUGCUGAUUCUGGAAUGGCUUGUGUUAUUCCUGACGAAGAUAUACCAUGUUCGUUUGU